UAUAUUUCUAUAAUAGUAAAAAAGUUAAAUUGUUUUGAAUUACUUCCGAAGUUCCGAAUUAAUUUUUUUUGUACCAUGUAGACAGUUUAAAAUAAUUAAAUUGAAUAAACAUUUUUAAUAAACGCAUAGAAUUAUGGAUUCCAGUGGAAAAUUAGAAAAGGAGCGGCAAAAUUUAGAAGCAUUUAAAGAACAGGUACAACGUAAUAACCAACUAUCAGAUAAAAUGGUCGAUAUCCUAACGUCGUUUGAAAAUAGACUUGGUAGACUUCAACAAACCAUACUGCCGAUUUAUAAUGAAAUGGAGAAUCUACAGUUAAAAAAGACAAACAUUGAAAAAACAAUGUCUGCAUUGGACAGAGUAAUAAUGUUUCAUGAUGUGUGUCCGAGAGUUGAAUCGAUUAUUUUAGGAAGACCAAAUGGGUCAGAUGGUUUGAAUGAGUACUUGGAUGCCAUGGAAAAACUACGUGAGGCACAAAACUAUUUUGAAAAAAAUAAUCCUCAAAGUGUUGAACUAGAAAAUGUGUCGUCACUGUUUAAGACUGGAGGAGAUAGUAUCCAGAGAGAGUUUAAAGAGAUCCUUUUAAAGCAUAGUAGACAUGUUCAACCGGCAAUUUUGGUCGAUAUUUCUACGAAUGAUGAUGAGUUGGUAACUGAUGAUUCAUCUUCUGUGAGUUCUAUUAGCCAUUUCUCUGAAAUUGUUUCCUCGGAUCUAAUUCGUUUAGCAGAUUGGUUAAUCAGUCAAUCUCGCGACGAAUACAUGAAUGUGUAUGCUAGAGUACGGGCUAACACUCUCACCAAAUCAAUGACUACUCUUAAAGAAUACCAGAAAACUGGAAGUGCUGGAAGCACUAAUAUGGCCAUUGGGCAAACUAUGGGUUCACCUUCAGUAAAGUCCAAAUUUCCCCAUAGAUCUGAAGUUACUGUCACUAGAAAAACUUCUAAACGUAUCCAACACGUAUUCGAGAAAAAAGCUAAUCGUAUGUUUUUGAAAGCAUCUCAAACAUUAGGACAGUCGACCGGCUUGAAUUUGGGGACAAGGAGACCUACUCUUAUAGAAAACCGCGAAGACAUUGUUGAUGAACAAGAAAUGGAAAAUUAUCUUAUUUCUGUAAUCGCUCUGCAAAAACUCAUGCAAGCAGAACUGUCACUAAUGGUUGGUAUAAUACCAAUCAAACAUCACCAUCAAGUAUUCCAAAUCAUUAUUCAAGAAAGCCUCGCUAAUAUUGUUCACGAAGGAGAGAGCAUAGCUACAAGAGCAAAAAGAUGUAUUCAUAGAAAAGAAUUUGCCAAUUUGUUUGUCAUGUUUCCAAUUUUAAAACAUUUGGCUGCCAUGAAGUCUGAAUUCGAACGUACAAUGGAAGGCUGUGAUCCCACCAUUAGAGGUCAAUAUUCAAUUAUACUCAAUACACUUCACUCCACGGGGGUUAGAACACUAGAAGAAAUAGUUGAAAGUGUGAGAACUGACAAUUCUAUGGGGUUGCCGCGAGAUGGCACAGUUUAUCAAUUAACUAGCGAUGUGCUUGUGUUGAUGGAACAACUUCUUGACUAUAUAGACAGUGUGGGUCCUCUUUUAGCUCAAGUGCCAUUAUAUAACAACAUGGUAUCACAUCAUAUCACUCCACCGGAAAAAUACAAGUAUCUUUUAGGACUUUAUAUCAAGAAAGUGUUGUCUCAGUUGAACCUGAUGCUUGUGAAUCGUAGUGACUCCUACAGCGAACCAGGUGUCAAAUAUUUGUUUCGUUUGAACAAUUGUCACUAUGUAGUCAAAUCAUUACAAAGGUCAGCUCUAUUAGAUAUAGUUUCUUUGACUGAACCUGAAUGUGAAAAUACCUAUGAUGAGAUGAUUGCGUCACAUAAAAAGUCUUAUCAACAAUGUUGGAAUAGAAUACUAGGUUUCAUAGUUAAUUUGGAUGAUGUUCAAGUUGUAAAUGGCAGACUCAAGGAUAAGGACCGUAAUAUAAUCAAAGAGAGAUUUUCUGGUUUUAAUAAAGAAAUUGAAGAAGUACUAAAGCUUCAAAGAGGUUAUACAAUACCUGAUGUUGAAUUACGAGAAGGGUUGAAACGUGAUAACAAGGAAUUUGUUUUACCGAAAUACAGUGCAUUUUAUGACAAAUUUUCUCAGUCAUCGUUUACCAAAAACCCAGAAAAAUAUGUCAAGUACACUCCAGCUCAAGUGUCUGCUAUGCUCGAUCGAUUUUUUGAUGUCGCUGCUUAAACCUCAGUAUCCAAUAUAGUAUUAUUUUAAAUACUUGUUUUUUUAUCAUGUUCUAAUCAUUCUUUAUUAUUAUUAUUGUUAUUUAUUUAUUUAGACAUGUUCAUUACAAAUUAAUAACUUUAUUUUUCAAUCUCUACCUUUUUUAUUCGACUGUAACAUCAAGUAAUAAGUGUUAAUCAUACAUUUAUUAAAUGUAUUGAACAAUUUUAUUAUUAUAGAAAUUAGAAAUAUUUAAUAGCAGACUGAUCAAAUUGUCGAAAUGUUCAUUUACAGUGAUACUCUCUAAAGGAUUAAUAUAUUAUAUUUUUUCAAUACUAAUGAAAAUUAUAUACCUUAUCCCUAUUAAAUUGUGAUUGUUAUUAUUUAUUUAUAUAAUUAAAAUUCAUAUUUUUUUAUAACAA